AUGUUGUUCAAAGCUCUCAGUCUCGCUUUCAUCGUCAUCACCAGCGUCUCUGCUGCCCCCGAUGGCACCACAAACGCCAUAAACAGGCGUACUUACACCCAGUACUGCGGUGAAGCCACCUGGGUCCCACCCAAAGGCUCAACGCCCGGGUACUGCCAAUGUCCCUACGAAGGGCAAAUCUAUAAGCAGUACUCCUGCGACUGUCCUGAUGCGCAGACCCUAAAGAACAGAAAGUGCGUCAACAAGUGUCCUGAUGAUUCAAAGUACAAGCCUGGCAGCUACGGCAGCUGGUCUUGUGUCUGUGACGACGAUGGGACUAGUUGGUCUGCUUCUUCAGGGCAGUGUAGCUGCAAGUCUGGUAAGGAGUCUGUUCUGGGGAAGUGUGUUGAUAAGUGUCCUGGGGGUACUACGCGACAGAGCGAUGGUUCAUGCAAGUGUAACGAUCCCAAGAAGGAGGUUUUCAAAGGGUCUUGUGUGGAUAAGUGCCCCCAGUACUCGACUCGUCAGGACAACGGUAGCUGCAAGUGUCAGGAUGACAAGGACUUGGUCAAAAGUGUCUGCGUCGACAAAUGCCCUCAGUUUUCUACGCGUCAAUCUGAUGGUAGCUGCAAGUGCAAUGAUGCGAACAAGGAGAUCAUCAAGGGUGCUUGUGUGAGCAAGUGUCCUAAGGAUACUACACGCCAAACUGAUGGGUCUUGCAAAUGUGAUGCCGAAGGAAAAGAACUCGUCAAAGGUGUUUGUGUUCCUACAUGCCCUACUGGAUCAACGCGUCAGAGCGACAACUCUUGUAAAUGCACGAACGACAAGGAAGAGGUUAUUAAAGGAGCAUGUGUACCUGUUUGUCCGAAGGAGACGACUCGCCAGAACGAUGACUCUUGCAAAUGCGAUGAUAUUAGCAAGGAACUAGUCAAAGGCUCAUGCGUGCCUGUCUGCCCUAAAGAUUCGACCCGUCAGUCCGAUGACACUUGCAAAUGCACCAACGACAGCCAAGAGAUCAUCAAAGGCUCUUGUGUCCCUGUCUGCCCUAAAGACUCAAGGCGACAAUCCGACGAUACUUGCAAGUGUGAUGAUGAAGCGCAAGAAAUCAUCAAAGGUGCUUGCAUACCUGUUUGCCCGAAGGACUCGACGAGACAGCAAGAUGAUACUUGCAAGUGCGAUGAGGAUAACUACGAGAUCAUCAAGAAUGUCUGUACCCCUACCUGCCCCGACAAGUCAACCAGACAAGAAGAUGAUACCUGCAAGUGUAACGAAGACGGCUACGAGAUAAUCAAGGGUACUUGCGUGCCGGAGUGUCCUAAAGACUCGAGUCGCCAAGAGGGCGGCAGUUGCAAAUGUGAUGCAGAUGGCUUUGAGAUCGUAAAGGGCACAUGCACAGCUGAGUGCCCCAGGGACUCAAAGCGUCAAGACGACGGAUCAUGUCUUUGCGACGCCCAGGGCCAUGAGAUUGUCAAGGGUACCUGCGUCCCAGAGUGUCCGAAGGACUCAACCCGUCAAGAGGACGAUACCUGCAAAUGUGAUGCAGAGGGUUUUGAGAUCGUCAAAGGCGAAUGCAAGGCAGAAUGCCCUAAAGACUCAGAACGUCAGGAGGACAAGUCUUGCAAGUGUACCACUGAUGGCUAUGAGAUUUUGAAUGGGGAAUGCAAGCCUGAGUGCCCUGAAGGAUCUACUCGCCAACAGGAUGACACCUGUAAGUGCGACACCGAGGGUUAUGAACUCGUCAAGGGAGAGUGUAAGCCCGGUUGCCCCGAAGGAAGCUCUCGUCAAGAAGAUGGAACCUGCAAGUGUACUACUGACGGCAAUGAGAUCGUUGAUAGCGAGUGCAAACCGCAAUGCCCUGAAGGAUCUACCCGUCAGCAAGAUAACACCUGCAAGUGCGAUACCGCUGGCUACGAAAUCAUCAAAGGAGAAUGCAAGCCCGAAUGCCCAAAGGACUCCUCACGCCAGGAAGACGGUACCUGCAAGUGUACUGCAGCUGAUAAUGAGAUUGUCAACGGCGUGUGCAAGCCAGAGUGUCCCAAAGGCUCCACCCGCAACGACAAAGACAUCUGCAUCUGUGACGACAAACUCGCCGAGCUAGACUCCAAAAACACUUGCACCUGCAAACUCGGCAACGAGCCCUUCAAAGACAAAUGCACACCGAAAUGCUGCGACGGUUCAACCCGGGACACCGAAGGCAAUUGUAUCUGCACCAAGCCCAAUACUAUCCUCUCCGACAAAAAGUGCGUCUGCAAAGAUGGCUACAAACCCACAAAGAAGGGCUGCAAGAAAGACUGCGGCUCGCACGCCUACGACAAAGAUGAUGUUUGUGUGUGCAAAAAGGCUGGCCAGGCGUUUAAUCAAGACAAGACUUGCACGUGUCCUACUGAUACGCGCUGGAACGGCAAGAUGUGCGCUUCGAAUUGUGGCUCUGACGCGUGCUGGAGUAACGCCGCAAAAGGCUGCGUGUGCAAUAAAGAAGGCAUGGAUUUUGAUAGUGCAACGAAAACAUGCUCCUGUACCGAUAAGUUAGUCUGGUCCGAUGCGCAAUGUCAUAUCGACUGUGGCAAACUAGCUUCAUGGCACAAAAAGUCUCAAACCUGCGUUUGUCCCAAAAAGGGUCAGGCUUUCAACCCUACUACCCUCGGCUGCGGAUGCACGGGCGGUAAGAUCUGGAGUGUUAAAGAGUGCAUCACGGACUGUGGAGAUUACGCUUCGUAUAACUCGAAAUCUGAUACCUGUGUUUGCGAUAAGAAGGGUCAGAUCUUCGAUGCAGAUGAGAAGACUUGUGGAUGUCCUGAUGGAAAGGUUUGGUCGAAGAAUCAGUGUACUGUUGAUUGUGGAGAUGCGGCGAGUUGGGAUGGGUAUGCGAGGAAGUGUGUUUGUGAUAAUGGGAACCUUGUUUGGGCGGAUAAGAAGUGUUCUUGUGAAAGUGGACGUAAGAUGGUUGGAAAGGGAUGUGUUCGAUCUAGGUUUUGA